AUGGAUAACUUAGCUAACACGAUUCAAACAAGCACUGCGAUGACUACUCAUGCUAUGCGGCGAACAAGGCAAUCAGCCGGAAACGAAAAUGUAGAAGGUGCUGAGGACAGCUUAGGUGGUGUUCCGAGGACUCUAGCUGCUUUUUUGAAAGUUGACCCGCCGAUUUUCAAUGGAUUGACAAAUCCUACUGAAGCAGACAAUUGGUUCAAAGCCAUGGAGUGUGCCUUACAGACUCAACAUGUCCCGAAUAAUCAGUUCGUAGAAUAUGCGGCUUAUCAACUCGUAGGAGAAGCUCAACAUUGGUGGCAAGGAGAGUGUCAAUUUCUACAACUACAGAAUAUAGAUAUUCCAUGGGAGCUGUUUCGGACUAUUUUCUACAAGAAGUAUUUUUCUGAGUCAGUGAGGGAGGCCAGAGAGUUAGAGCUUAUGCACCUGAAGCAAGGUUCAAUGCCUGUGGCUGAGUAUAUGAGUAAGUUUGAAGAUCUCCGUAGGUUUUCAAGGGUAUGUCGAUGA